AUGAGAGUAGGUUGCGCGCUCAUUGCUUCUAAAGCCUCGCUGACGUUAUCAGAUUUCGAAGUUGUUGCAGGUUUUUUGAGUCCUGUCAGCGAUGCCUACAAAAAGAAGGGCCUAGCUCCUGCUCAUCAUCGGAUUGAGAUGUGUAGGCUUGCGACGGAAAACAGCUCUAAGUGGCUAAUGGUCGACCCUUGGGAAGCUGAGAGCCCAACUUACAUCCCAACCGCCAAAGUGCUUGAUCACUUUGACUAUGAGAUCAACGAGGUCAUGGGCGGUGUUGAAUGCACCGACGGAACUCGAAAGCGUUGCCGCAUCGUGCUUCUUGCUGGCCUCGAUCUCAUCCAGACCAUGUCGACUCCUGGUGUGUGGGACGAGCGUGACCUUGACCACAUCCUGGGCAACUAUGGCGUAUUUGCUUUGGAGCGUACAGGAACUGAAAUUGAUUCAACCCUGGCGAAUCUGAAGCAAUGGGAGAAGAACAUCCACAUAAUUCGUCAGGUCGUCACCAAUGACAUCAGUAGCACCAAGAUUCGUCUAUUGCUCAAACGCAACAUGUCGAUUGACUACUUGAUCCCUGAUCUUGUAGUGAGCUACAUUUUCGAGAAUAAUCUUUAUCGCGAUCUCGAUAUGCCUGACUCGAAGGGCAAGGAGAACGCCGUCACGAAUGGGCCCAAUGCCGGCACCAGCACUGGUUGA